GCGCAUACUGAUUUUUUAAUAAUAUAAAUACAUAUUUUUAAAUUUUUAUUCUACUUGCAUUUUUUUAUUUAUUCAAAAAUUUAAAAACUGCCAAUUGUCAGCUACAUUCACACUCAUACAUGUGUAGUAGUAAUCUUUACAGUAUGUAACACACCCGGAAAAUAAAAGUAAAAAAAGAAUAAACUGUGGGAUCGGUUCACAAACAGUUAGUUGCUCUAUUUAUCAGCUGAUUAAUAUAAAAAACAAUCUUUAAUACAGCUAAAGUUUAUGAUUAAACUUUAAAUAUUUCGAAUAUACUUAUACAUCUAUAUAUGUACAUACACAUAAAAUCUAUAUAUAUCAUUUAUAAAUUUUUUAUUUAAACGUGAGUAUUGUGACGUUACUUUUUUUUUAUUUGUGUCAAGUCAGUACAUAUGCAUAACAUAUACACGACACGCGUGAAAAUGGUGACAAUUAUAAUAAUGAAAAUAUUAAAAUUACCAUGUGGUUUAUUAUUGCCGAUUUAGUCAGUUUUUUGAAAUUUAUUUUGAUUAAUUGAAUAACAAUAACUAAUAAGUAAUUAUCAGCUAACAAUUUAUUUAUGUAAACAAAAUAUUAAAAUGAAUUUAAGUACGGGAAAUACUUAUAGCAAUGGCUUGGUUUAUGCCGGUUUUAAUCAAGAUCAAGGAUGUUUCGCUUGUGGAAUGGAAAAUGGGUAUCGUGUUUAUAAUUGUGACCCACUGAAAGAAAAAGAACGUCAUGAUUUUAAUGAUGGAGGUCUUGGAUACGUUGAAAUGCUCUUUAGAUGCAAUUAUUUAGCACUUAUUGGCGGUGGAGAUAAACCUGUUUAUCCAACUAAUAGAGUUAUUAUAUGGGAUGAUAUUAAAAAAUUACCAGCAAUUACUUUAGAAUUUAAUGCACCUGUCAAAGGAGUCAAAUUACGUCGUGAUAGAAUAGUUGCUAUUCUCGAGGGUAUAAUAAAAGUAUUUACUUUCACACAAAAUCCUCAACAGUUACAUGUUUUUGAGACAAAUCCGAAUCCACGAGGACUUUGUGUACUAUGCCCUAAUAGUGAUAAUUCAUUACUAGCUUUUCCCGGUCGUAAAAAUGGACACAUACAAAUAAUUGACUUAGCGAAUACGGAAAAGCAACCUUUGAAUAUAGAAGCACAUGAAACACCAUUAUCAUGCAUUGCAUUAAAUUUACAAGGUACUAGAUUAGCAACAUCAUCUGAAAAAGGUACAUUGAUAAGGGUCUUUGAUACACAAACUGGUACGAUGAUCAAUGAGUUACGACGAGGUGCUAAUCACGCUAAUAUUUAUUGCAUCAAUUUUAAUCAUGACUCAACGUGGUUAUGCGUUGCAAGUGAUCAUGGAACAGUCCACGUUUUUGCUGUUGAAGAUCAAAAAUUAAAUCGUCAGUCUAGUUUGGCAUCAGCAACAUUUUUACCAAAAUACUUUAGUUCUAGUUGGAGUUUUUGUAAAUUUCAAGUACCAGGUGGUCCACAAUGUUUGUGUGCAUUUGGCACUAAUAAUAGUAUUAUAGUGAUAUGCGCUGAUGGUAGUUAUUAUAAAUUUGUGUUUAAUAAUAAAGGUGAGUGUUCACGUGAUUUUUACGCGCAAUUUCUUGAAAUUACAGACGACAAAAUGUGAUCAAGUGAUUAUUUAAAUUAUUGUUAAAAACAAAAAACAAAAUAUUAUUUAAAAAUAAACGUUGAAUCACUUUAUAUCAAGUUUAUUUAUGGACAAUCGAAUCUUCGCUGACGUAAAUGUGAUCGAGGUAAAGUGAUAAUUGUUUACAUUUGAAUAAUUUAAUAAUUAAUUAAUUAAUCAAUUGUCUAAUUAAUUAUUAAAUAAUUAAUAGCGAUGAAUCUCUAUUGAAUUUUAUUUUUAUUUUGUCUUUGAUAUUAAUGAUCAUUAUUUUAAGUAUUUAAAUUAGUGUUUAUUAAUGGAAGUGCAAUUUUUUGCUACCAAAAUUAUGCUAAUUAUUUAAAUCAAACUGAAAAAUAAUGUUGUUAUUAAAAAAUUUUCAUUAUUACACCAAUG